AUGAACUCAUUUGAAGGAGACAUUCCUCAAUCUUUUGGAGACUUGAAAGGAUUGGAUAUGUUAAACCUCUCGUACAAUAAUCUCUCAGGUACAAUUCCAAAAUCUCUUGAGGUACUUUCACAUCUCAAGUAUUUGAAUGUGUCUUUCAAUAAGCCAUCAGGAGAGAUUCCAUCCAAUGGACCUUUUGCAAACUUUACAGCCGAGUCAUUCCUAGGUAAUAAAGGCCUUUGUGGAAAUUCAAUUUUUGGAGUUCGACCUUGCAAAAAUCCAAGCUCCCAAGAAUCAGGAGCAAUAAUAUUUGCAGCAUUGGUUUAUAUGCUGAGAAAACACCGGAAAAGUAAGAUGCAGAAUCUAAGUUCACCUAGUAUGGGAUCCUUUCUGACGGAUCAUUGUUGCUGUCAAGGGAUCCUUUCUGACGGGAUCAUUGUUGCUGUCAGAGUUCUAAAUUUGCAAUUAGACGGUGCUUUCAAAAGCUUUGAUGCGGAAUGCAAGGUUUUACGAACAAUUCGGCAUAGAAAUCUUGUUAAAGUCAUAAGUACAUGCUCCAACCCAGAGUUCAGAGCUUUGAUACUACAGUACAUGGCGAACGGCAGCCUUGAAAAGUACUUAUACCACCACAACUAUUGCUUGAAUCUUCUCCAAAGAGUAAACAUCAUGAUUGGUAUUGCAUUAGCAUUGGAAUAUCUCCACCACGAUCAGUCAGAACCAGUGGUGCAUUGUGAUUUGAAGCCUAACAAUAUUCUUUUGGAUGAGGACAUGGUUGCACAUGUGAGUGAUUUUGGCCUUGCAAAGAUUUUAAUCGAAAAUAAGGACACAACACAAACCAAAACUCUUGGUACACUUGGCUACAUUGCACCAGGUACAUGA